AUGCUGAACACUAUGUCUGGCGGUUUCAUAGUGCAAGCGGUCCAUCGUACCCUUCAAGCUCGUCGUAUGGAAUUACAAUUGGCGAAACUCGCUCUCCAAGAGGAAAAUGACUGGGAGAUUGCAGCAAUUUCCAUCCAUCCAUGGCUCAAAUUUGAUAGCAGUGAUAAGAUGUUAAAUAUUUUACUCGACUUUGCUUGUUUGAAUUCUCCAUCUCAGCACAACAAGCUCACCAAGACUCUAAUCAAGAUUCUUCCGAAAUACUCGAGCCAUGCUACCAAUGUCCAUAUCGAUAUUGCAUUUGGAAUCCCCCACAUGGAUGUCAUCAACAACAACACCAAAGCUGCUCGCCAUUGGGCCAUGGCCAACGUCGUCUAUGAGCUUAACAAGUUCCGCCAACUUGACUCAGUUCGAGUCUCAAUGUCUGUACAAAGGAUUUACUGGGAACAGGUGAAGCCCGUCAGCGCCGUCUAUGGGUUGGAUCAUCCCCACUGGACUUUCGCCAUUAUCGAGAAUGGUGCGGAGAACGCAGUUGAAAUUGAUUCUGACAUUGAUUGUAAAUUGAGCUCUCGCUUCAAUGAUGAGAUGUACUGGUGA